AUGUCCACGACGCGUGCUCGCCCACCCGUCCUCAAUGCAUUCCUGAGCGCCCGAUCCGCCGUCAUUGGCCUCUGCCGCGUGGCCUUUCUCGGUCUUCGACAUGUUACGGCUGCCCCGCUCACCGCGCUGGGGCACGGCGGUGUCCACGAACCGGAGGCUGACGGCCCUGGGCUCGUUUUCUUGUAUAUCCUCUCGGCGAUACUUGUCGUUGCGGGAGGUGCUUUUGCCGGGUUGACAAUUGCCUUUAUGGGACAGGACGGAAUCUACCUUAAAGUAUUAAAAGACGAUAUCCACGAGUCCUCUUCGAAGCGACGAGCUGCGGAAAAGGUCCUCAACCUUCUUACGAGGGGGAAGCACUGGGUUCUUGUGACGCUGUUGCUGGCCAAUGUUGUUGUCAAUGAGUCUUUGCCUGUCGUCCUCGAUCGGUGUCUUGGCGGUGGUAUCGCCGCCAUUAUCGGGAGUACGGUCCUAAUUGUCAUCUUUGGCGAAGUCGUUCCCCAGUCGAUAUGCGUCCGAUACGGUCUCCCCAUCGGCGGCUUCAUGGCCCCCGCCGUCCUUCUACUCAUGUGGAUCACGGCGCCCGUUUCAUGGCCCAUGGCCAAACUGCUCGAUUACAUUCUCGGUACUCACGAAGGCACCGUCUACAAGAAGAGCGGUCUCAAGACCCUCGUGACGCUACACCAGACCAUAGGAGAGGUUAACGAGCGCCUCAACACAGACGAAGUCACCAUCAUUCGAGCCGUCCUCGACCUCAAGGAUAAGCCCGUCGGCAAUAUUAUGACUCCCAUGGUCGACGUAUUUACCCUUUCGGCCGACGCCGUGCUCGACGAGAAGCUGAUGGGCCGCAUCCUGUCGGCGGGAUACUCGAGGAUCCCCGUGCACCAGCCCGGUAAUCCGACCAACUUCGUUGGGAUGCUGCUCGUCAAGAUCCUCAUCACCUACGAUCCGGAAGACUGCAUGCAGGUCAAGGAUUUCCCGCUGGCAGCCCUGCCGGAGACGCGACCCGAGACUAGUUGUUUGGACAUCCUUAACUACUUCCAGGACGGCAAGUCGCACAUGGCUUUGGUGUCGUCCGCACCAGGACAGGACCAUGGUGCGGCGGGUGUUGUUACCCUCGAAGACGUUAUUGAAGAAUUGAUCGGAGAGGAAAUUAUUGACGAGUCCGACGUCUACAUCGAUGUUCACAAGGCUAUCCGCCGUCUCACACCCGCCCCGACGACGAUGCUUUUCCGCCGAGACAGCGUCCACGCUGAUAAAACGGCUCGCGAACAGAAUCUUCCCGGAGAAGGCCGGCGCUCCACCGACUCGAGAAAACCCGACAUCGCCGUUACCGGCCCGGACGGCGAGGGCCCUCCAGCAAGCCCCAAAACCGUAACUUUUAUGAUGAAGCGAACCUCGGGGGGUGUCGACGGAGUCGAAUCCUCUACCAUUCCUGUGAAGAACAUGGACCAACUAAGGCAGCACCUCCGGCACCUGGGCCCUUCGAAUCCCGCAUCGAACCCAAAGAACACGACCUCUCCGUCGGUGACGAUUAAGCCCGGGUCAAGCGCCAUGCCCAGCCCGGCGUCGGGUCCGGCCAAGGAUAUCCGUCGCGCGAAGAGCGCAUUGGCUAUCGUUCAUCAACCGGAAGCCGAAGAAGGCGAUGAAAGCGAUGAGGAGACGCCGUUGCUCGUCUCGAAAAUGACGCCCAAAGGUAAAGAGAGUCAUUUGACGUCCGGUAAACUCGGAUACGGCACCGCCGAUUCGAACGGCAGCGGGACCCCCAAGGCGGAAACGCAAGCCAUUACCACGCAGUCAGUCAGGAGCGACGGUUCCGUGACAAUAACCCCCGGUGAUGAUCUCGCGACGAGUUUGUCAAAGGGCCAGUCGAGCGAACCGCAAUCGCCGCAGAUGUCGGGGAGCAACACGUCGUCGACUAAUAAUAAUAAUAAUAAUAAAAACGACAAUAGCGGGAACGGAGGCGGAAUCAACUUCGAGAGCCCGUCCAGACCGACUAUGUGCCGGACCGGAGCCAUCACGGAGAGCUACGUCGAGACGGGCGGCGUGCGGAAGGUGGUGAUUUCAGCGAGCUCGGGAGACGAGGAGGAUGAGGCGGCUGCUAGCGCCGGAGGCAGUCCCGUGGCACAACCUACUCCUCCCAUCGCCAUCACCACCACCACGACGAAACAGCCGGGAGCGGAGGAUAACGGCGAAGCUCACGAUUUGCUAGACGUGGUGUCUCCUAGCACGGAAGCGAGUACGAGUACGGUCGGACAAGGGCAGGGCGGAGGUGUUAGCGGAAGGAAAAAUAAGAAAAAGCGCAAGGGUGGGAAGAAGAAAUAA